GUUUGGUUGAUUGAUUGAUUGAGAGAAAACAGCUUUGAAAAAAUGGAUAUGCAGUCGCAGAUGACACGCCCUUAUGGUCAUGAUCAAGCAGAGGAUCCAAUCAGAAUUCACCAUCCAGAGGAAGAAGAGCAUCAUGAGAAGGGAGCAACUAAAGUGUUGCAGAAAGUAAAAGAAAAAGCUAAGAGGAUCAAGAACACUCUUACUAAACAUGGUCAUGAGCACGAUCAUGAUGCGGACGAAGAAGACUACGAAUAUGACGAGCCAGAUCCAGAAGUGCACGGCGCACCAGUGUAUGAGUCAUUUGCCGUCAGAGGAGGCGUAACGGGUCACCCUGAGUCUCUUUGUCAUCCCGGAGAAACUAAUCUUCCGGCACCGGAAGAGAUUAUUCCACCGGGGACAAAGGUUUUUCCUGUCGUCACAACCGAUUACACCAAGCCCAUUGAACCUGAGCCAUUACAAGACAUCUCUUUUGAACACGACGCACCGUCUCAUCCUGAUGUGUCGGAGAAGGAAGAGAGAAGAGAUGCACCAUCUCAUCCUCUCAGAGUUUUCGACAUGUCAGAGAGAGAAGAGAGCAGAGAGGAUCAUCAGAUGCCGAUGCACACUCCCGCCUCUCUCCUCUCUUCAACGGAGGAUGUGAGGAGGACGUUUUCUCCCGGUGACGACGAAGAUCUCGGCGGUCAACGGAGAGUCAACAUCGGCAGACCUAGAGGGUUGGAGGAAGAUCCGGGCGCUCCAGGAGGAGAAUCUGUAUCUAAUUAUCAGACCAAGGUUACGGAUCCCACUCAUGAAGGAGGUGGAGAAGCUGGAGUACCGGCGAUUGUUGAGUCUCUGGGUAAGAUGAAAGUGAGAGAUGAGUCGCCUGUUCAUAAAUCAGGACGAGAAUUCGAAAGAGACAUGCCGACAAGAAGCCAUGAGUUUGGUCUGAAGAACGAACACGCAAUCGGAUUUGGAGGGGAAUCUGAAGAUGGGAUGGGGAAAUAUUUUCGGACAAGAAGCCAUGAGUUUGGUCGGGGGGACGGUUCUGGAGCAGACAAGAACUCGGCGACGGUUUUGACCAGCGGAUCAAUCGCUGGGCUGGGGGAAGAGUUUCCUGCGAAGAGCCAUGAGUUUGGUGUGAAGGAUACGGCCAAGGGAUAUGGUGAGGAAACAGGACCUGGACUGGAGAAGCAUUUGCCGCCGAUAAGUGACUAUGUGAAAGCAGAGAAUGUGUUGGGAAGAGACUUACCGACGGGGACUCAUGAUCAGUUCUCACCGGACCUCUCUCGUCCGAAAGAGAGACAUGACUUCGAGGAGACGCACGAGUCAAAACCCACUACCUACUCAGAGAAGAUAGGUUCAGCGACUUCGUUCGUAACCGACAAAGCUGUUGCGGCGAAGAACGCUGUCGCCUCAAAGCUCGGCUACUCCGGAGAAAGCGGACAAGAGCAGAGUCGCGUUGGAGAUGAAAAGGUCAAAGAGACGGGAUCAAACGUGGUGACGAAGUUGCCGCUUUCGGGAGGUGGAAGUGGAGCUGAGGAGAAGCAACAAGUGGGAGAAAAAGGUGUGUCGACUAAAGACUACUUGGCGGAGAAGCUGAGACCUGGAGAGGAAGACAAAGCAUUAUCGGAGGUGAUUGCUGAGAAACUUCAUCUCGGAGGAGAUAAGAAAAGGACAACGGUGAAGGAAGUGGAAGUGACGGUGGAGAAGAUCCCUACCGACCAGAUAUUAGAGGGAAAAGAACAUGGCGAGUCUUUUACUGGUGAAGGAAAAGUAGGAGGAGGAAUGGUGGGGAAGGUUAAAGGAGCUGUCACUUCUUGGCUAGGUGGUACAACAGAGCACGUGAAGCCGAAAUCUUCAGAUUCCGUUGAGGACGAGUCUUCACAGUCACUUGGCUCCACCGUUGGGACUACGGGGUUUUCGGAUUCCGGUGGAACUCUGCCGGGGCAGAGGGGACUUCAAGCUUCUGGAAACUGAGAUUGAUGUUUUGCUUUUGAAUGUUUAAUGUAUGUUGUUGGUUGAUGGCUCUGUCUGUGGUUUUCAUGUAUUUUGAUGCAAUCCUUGUUUUGUGUAAAAAUAAAAUAAAAAUGGAAA